AUGACAACAUCAUUCAUCUUUUCAGCGCAAUUCUCAACAAUGGGAAAGAAAAAGUUUGUUGAAAAUGACGACGGUACUACUGAGGUCCAGGAAAUAAAAAGUGAAACUCCAAAGCCGAGUAAAAACAAAAAAGAUGAGGAUUAUCGAAAAAAGAAUCUCGGAGCUAACAUCAAAACAACGAAAAAGAGCUUCAAAGAGCAGUUUUUUAUGAAUUAUGAAGAUGGACUGAAAUUGAUCAAAAAGAUGAAAGGAAAAGGAAAAGGUGGGCAAUUAGUUCAGAGAAAGAUGCCGCGUCACAUUUCUCUGCCUUAUCACAUGUCAGGAAAGGCAGCUAUGGAUGAAGCGUGUGAUUGGAUUGCUCAAAAUACAGUUGGCAAGUACAGAAAAGAAUACAAUGGAAUCGUUGUCGCUGUUGGAAGUGUCGAGACUGCUUCCGAACCACGCGUCAUUGCUGAUCAAUACGCAUUCCAUACUGACGUUGCUAUAAAUCAAAUAGUUUUUAUCCCAAAAAUUGGUGAUCAGUACGAAGCAAAAGUGAAGUAUGUGCAGGAAGGUCUUAUGGUAGGAGUCGUCAUGGAUAUGAUCACAAUUCAUGUAAAACAAAAUGAUAAAACUUUUGAGGAUCAAGUAGCCAUCAACGAUAAAAUUCUUGUGAAAUACACCGGAAUUCGUAUCAAAAACUCAUUGUGCCAUUUGAGAGGAGACUAUGCGAAAAUGGUAGAAAAAGCUGAAGUAGAGGAGGAAGUCGUUGAGGAUGAAGCAGAUGAAGAGUUGGAAAUAAAGGAAGAAGUGGUGGAAGAAAUAAAAGAAGAAGAUAUGGAAGAGUGA